AUGCCGGAAGGUGAUUCAGCUAUUCCCCUGAAGCAAAAGUCACGACGAGGACAGACUAAGCGGGCAGUCAAAUCGAAAAACACUGGAGACAAGAGGAAACUGGGUUCGAAAGCGAUCAAAACAAUCCCCGUGGUACAAGGGCCAGUUAUGAGAUUAUCUGAUGGAAGUUUGCAGGCAGCUAUUGAGAAAGCAAGACCAGAAAGCACCGCUGAAAUCGAUAUUAAGACUGCAAGAUUGAUCAAAAAUCUGGCUGAGCAGGAAGAGGUUACCGGGGCCGCCGUUGAGAACUUGGGUGCAAAGGGUCAAAGUAGCAAGCAAGAAGUCGAGUGUGUCCCUAGAGUUGAGAAGGAAAAUGCUACUGAGAUUGUGGACACACUUACAGAGGCUGGAACCCAGACCGAACUUUAUCCUUUUGAUUUGGUGAUGAAUAUGGUCAAGCAAAUGGUGGAAAGAAGUGAAGUGAACCAGGAAAGGAGACACCGAGAAAAUGAAGAGAAUCAAGAAAGAAGAUAUCAAGACUUAUGCGCCAUGAUUACGAAACGGAGGGAUGCGGGUCCAAAAUUAUCCGGAUCCACUAGUUCAGAGGAUGAUACAAGUGAAACCUUGAGUAGAUCCCUUGAGAAGAGCGGAGAAGUAGAGUAUCAUGCUCCUGGUCCUGAUAUCGACUACUCCAUCGCUCCUAAAGUUCUUGCGGAUUCGGUCGAUCAUUCUCUCAACACAUUUGCUGAUAGUAUUGAUUCAUUAAUCUCUUCACUCGAGAAAAUAAGUCUCUGGCGGUCACAAGACAUGAAUAAACACAAAUAUAUCAACCCAGAUCACUCACGCUGGUUAUGA